UACUAUGGCCAUAUUCUCUUUUUCAUCAUCCAACACCGGAUUAACGUUAAAGAUGGAAGGGAAUUGUAUUCCUAGGUUGUGCGUGCUGAUGCUAACCAUGCUAACUUGCUUUGCUACAAUCAAAGCCACUGAAUCAGACAUCAGUUGCCUAAGAUCUAUCAAGGAAUCGCUGGAAGACUCUUCGGGUUUUCUUUCUACCUGGAAUUUCAGCAACAAUUCUGCAGGUUUCAUCUGUAGGUUUACUGGUGUUGAAUGCUGGCGCCCUACUAAGAACAUGGUUUUCCAUAUUCGGCUACCAGGCAUGGGACUCAGAGGACCAUUUCCAAUGGGGAUAAGAAACUAACAGCUUGAUAGGAUUAACAACUACCUUUCAGGACCCAUUCCUUCUAACAUAUCAAAGGUUUUACCAUUCAUUACAACUCUCGAUCUCUCCAACAACACUCUCACAGGUUCAAUUCCACCUGGCAUUGCCAAUUGUACUUUGAUCAAUGUUCUGAUGCUUGAUAACAACCACCUAACAGGCCAAAUCCCUCCAGAGUUUUCUAAACUUGAACGCAUCAAGGAAUUUAGUGUCGCUAACAAUAGAUUGUCAGGAGCCGUGCCCGUAUUUUCCAAUACCAGCUUCCCUGCCGAAAGUUACGCAAACAACUCAGGACUUUGUGGAGGUCCGAUGAACGCCUGCAGCAAGGAUGAUGAUCUUUUUUUUCCAGGGUUUGCAGUCGGAUUUCCUAUUUCUACAAUAUUGAGCAUGUUGUUUAUGUUCUUAUGUUGGCCAAGACUGCGUAUAAGAACCAGUAGAUAUUAUCCUUUUUGGAUCAAGAAAAGAGAAAGGAGGACGCAUCACCUCAUUCCAAGAAAUCCCCAAGUCUUAUUUGCAGAGAAUGUUAGCAGCAUGGAGACGAAGGUAGUUGCAAUGGAAAAGUUUAUCUGCCGAUUUAGUUUGCUGGAACUUGAAAUGGCCACCAACGAUUUUGACAACAAAAAUGUCAUUGGAUACGGAAACAUGGGACUCAUGUACAAGGGAGAGUGUCCAAAAGGCUUGCUAGUUGCAAUCAAGAGGCUCCAUAGGUUUGAGAGCUUUGAGAAAGAGUUUUUGUCAGAAAUUGAAAUUUUAGGAAGAUUGAGUCACACAAACUUAGUACAAAUGCUAUGAUUUUGCUUUGAAAUGGAGAAGAAAUUUCUAGUAUACAAAUAUAUGAGUAAUGGAACCCUCCAUCAAUGGCUAUAUGGAGAAGCCAUGAAGAUGGGAUGGACUUUAAGGUUAAAGAUUGCGUUAGGGGUGGCAAAAGGGAUUGCAUGGCUGCAUCAUAACAAUGUCCUCCAUCUCAAAAUCAACUCAAAAUGUAUCUUAUUAGAUGACAAGUUUGAACCCAAGAUCUCAAAUUUUGGCAACGCCAUAAUCUUGAUAGAUACAAGUGACACCCCUUUAAGUGAUUGCAAUUUUAUAGUUCCAGAUUCUAGUCCCUACAAAGAUGAUGUUUAUAGCUUUGGAAUUUUGUUGCUUGAGUUGGUUACUAGGAGAGAACCAUCGACAUGGAUCAACUCCCUAACAGAUUAUGUGUGGGGUGUGGACUUUGAUCUGAUUGAUGAAUGCUUAAUGGGACAAGGAUUCGAUGAGGAAAUAUAUGAAAUACUAAAAAUAGCAAAAAACUGUAUUCAUCCAUGUGAAGAUGAGGCAACAAACACGCUUCAAGUGUAUGAAGCAAUGUGUGCCAUCGGGACAUCAAGAAACGAAAUAUCCCUUGUUUCAUAGAGAUGUGUAGCUUCACUAUUAUCAUUCAAAUCAUUGUUCAUAGAAAUGAAAUUAGACAUACAUAUAUAAUAGUUUGUGAUCUCUUCCUAUCAUCCUCUGUCUUCAUUCCAGAUGUUCGAUCAAAUCCCAAUUGUGUAAAAUACUUUGUGUCUCUUAUGAUCGAAUCAACAGAAACCUUUCAUGAGAAGUUGUGCAUCUAGAAGGAAAAUGUUCAACAAACAAAAAAAUUCGUAGAAAAAUGUUCACAACAUCAUUACAUAGUACAUACUGCAACUGAAGCACUCAAUGGAUAUCAGUGAAAAACAAACAAAAACAAAGACUUCCCGAAAAGAAAAUAAAACAUUUCAAUAGUAUUUAGGCUUACCACACACAGGUCCUUGUCAUAAUUGAGAUCGCCACUAAAUUUGUCUCUAUCCGCAUCCGAUUUAUGAUGUCAAUUUUUAGAUUUAUAUAUAAGAAUGAAGGUAAUAUCAAUAUAAUACUAUUUUGUUUUUGGGGUGUGUAGUUGCAAAGAGUAACUGACAUAACUCUGUAUAGGUGUGUUUGCGUUUUAAUUUUCUUUUUCAUUAUUUAAUUCAUAGAGUUAAUAAAGGAUUUAUUAACCAUCGUUGUCCACGUGGGAAGGUCAAUCGUGAAAUAAUAACGAUAUUUUAAGCGUGCAAAGGUUUGAAUCCUUGUGUGAAAUUCCACGUCUCAUCUGAUAGGCUUCCAUCACGGGUCAAAAUUGUUAUGUUCCAGCCACUUUUCUCGAAGCCACUAUUUUGAUAAAAAGAAACCUUGGUGGAAAAGAUUUCAUACCUAUGAUGAACAUAUUAAAUGGAGAGAGGCUGAAAUGGUGGCUGAUGUUAUUAAAAACAGAGGUUCUAACAUCAAUUGUAAAAACAGAGGUGGCUGAAAUGGUGGCUGAUGUUAUUAAAAACAGAGGUUCUAACAUCAAUUGUAAAUCAUCCCAAACAUAGAGAGAUGGAUAGCAUAACACAAGAUGACGAGUGUUAAAAAAAGAUUUUUUUUUGUAAGAGUCAGGUGUGAGAGUUACUCUUCUUAUUUUAAUUUUGUUCUUAUGUUAAAUCAAAGAGCUUUCAAAUCCCAACAAGUGAUAUCAGAAACUAGAGGCUAAAGACUAGUUUGGUGUUGAGGGGAUUUUUCAUAAAUUUCUCUGUUUUUGAUCGAAAUGUUUGUCUCAAAUUCGAUUUCUAGGUAUACCACUAGAAAGGGCUUAUUUCAAAGGAUUCAGAGCAAUGUUCAACUAUCACCGGUUUUAC